AUGGACGUCAUGCAACAGCUCCUUUGCUCAGAAGUCCGUAAGGGUCCACCUGGUACGCCGAUGACUCAGCGUACUGUCUUUGGUUGGACGCUAUUUGGAAGCGUCGACGGAAUAGAACCUGCUGCACCUCGCCUACAGUCGCUGCACUGCGAUGUCCAGUUGGAUAGAGCUCUUACUAGACUGUGGGAGUUAGAAGAAGCUCCGCAAAAGACCCACCUCACAUACGAAGAGCGUCACUGCGAAGAACUCUUCGAAACAACGCACCAAAGAGCACCUGGCGGUCGCUUUGUAGUUGAACUGCCGCUGAAUACCGACGUACUUCUAGGCGAUUCGCGAAGUUAUGCUGUCCAAAGCCUACUACGCAUCGAGAGGCGCCUUGCUCGGGACGACGACCUGCGGCUACGCUACAAUGAGUUCAUGCAGGAACUUCUCGACAUGAAUCAUAUGGAGCUCGCACCAGAAUCAACGAAUCAAAUGUUUUACAUGCCGCAUCACCCUGUUGUAAAGGAUUCGAGCGUUACCACUAAGCUGAGGGUCGUUUUCAACGCGUCGGCUAAAACGGCCACCGGAAAUUCGCUGAACGACGCAUUAUUUGUCGGUCCUCAACUGCAGCAGGACUUAUUUUCAAUUUUAACGCGUUUUAAAACGCAUCGCUAUGCACAUUGCGAAAAUGUACCGCCAAAUAUGCGUAGCACCGAAGCACAUUGA